CCCAUUAAAAUAUUGUUCCCAUCUUCCAUUUCCUCUCUAUAUUUCAAUUUUUCAUUUCUCUAGUCCUUUUGCUUUCCUUUUAAAAUGUUCUUCCCAUAAUUUAUUCUCUUCUUCCAUUUCUCUAAAUUUCCAAAUUGAUUCUGAUUUCUCCAUGGAUCCUCAGAGCUAUCUUCGAAAUCCCACCUUAGAACCUGACCCCCAACUUCCCAACAUCAAAAUUCACCAUCCAGCUUCCCCUCGCCACCCUUCCGCCGCCACUCCCGUCGCCACCCCCACCCCUACUGCCGGCGCCCGCCGCAAGAUUGGUGUCGCUGUUGACCUUUCCGAGGAGAGUGCUUAUGCUGUUCAUUGGGCUGUUCAACACUAUAUUCGCCCUGGUGAUGCUGUCAUUCUCCUCCAUGUUAGCCCUACUUCCGUCCUUUUCGGCGCCGAUUGGGGUUCUAUUGACAUUACUCUCGAUACCGUCGGUAAUAACCCGGAUGAUGAUGAUGCUUUGAAUUCUGACAAUGGUCAACAGCAGAACCACACCGAGCGCUCUAAACGUAAAUUGGAGGAUGAUUUCGAUGCCUUCACUGCCUCUAAAGCUGCCGAUCUAGCCAAGCCCUUGAAAGAUGCUCAAAUUCCUUACAAGAUUCACAUUGUGAAAGAUCAUGAUAUGAGAGAGAGGCUUUGUCUGGAAGUGGAGAGGUUGGGGCUGAAUGCCCUGAUCAUGGGUAGUCGGGGUUUCGGUGCAGCAAAGCGUGGAAAUGACGGUGGACUCGGGAGCGUUAGCGAUUAUUGUGUGCAUCAUUGUGUGUGUCCUGUAGUGGUGGUGCGUUUUCCGGAUGAGAAGGACGUUGGGGUCGGUGCUAGUUCUCUGGCUGCGCGGAAGCCGGACGUUGACGCCCCGAAAAAGUCAGUAGCCGAGCCAGUGGAGUCUAAAGGUGUUUAGAUGGUAACUGUCCAAAUCAGAGACUGAUUUCCCCAUGUGCAAGUAAGGAUAUGUAACCAAAUCGUCUAUCUCUAUAUCCGUACAACUCUCUGGCUUAUUUUGCUUCUCCUGCUGAUAAUUGUUUUUCCGUACUGAUCUUCUUACUAGAAACGAAGUGAAAUGAUGAUAUUCAGAUUAAGAAUAUUAUAUUAUACAUUCGAUCACAUUCCUAAGUUUCAUAUCAUCUGUGUGUAUCUUUGUUUGAUUUUUCUUGUAUUCCUUUAUGUAGUUUGUGUUGAAAAGCUUGCCUGUCAUCCUGAUUAGCCGAGGUGCAAACUGGAUUGUCGGUUUUGAGUCUGAAUUACAGAGCCCCUGUUUUCGAAGAUGAAGAAACCAUGAAUAAGAAAAUAAUUGCCGAAUGAUUUGAAGUUGAUGUCUGGCCUUUCAAAUUGUUUAAUUGCUUUGAUAUCAAUAAUAUUUGUUGCUUUUCUGCCACGGUUUUUUUAAUCUGGUUUCUAAUUAUCGAAUCCCUCGAACAAACUUGUUAUGUUGCUUGAAUUUCUGAUUAAUGGUUGAAUUGUGUAAUAUAUCAACUUCCUUUCUGCUUCUGCUUCAAA